AUGAAGAAAUAUAUUUACAUAUAUUUUUUCUUCAUCACAAUAACGAUUAAUAAUUUACUAAGAAAUAAUACAUCAAAAUGUGUUUCUAUUGAAAGAAGAAAAAAUAAAGCGUAUAUAAAUUAUGGUAUAGGAUAUAAUAGACCAGCUAAUAAAAUAACAAAGAGAAGAUGUAAAAGAAUAAAGUUAUGCAAAAACGAUUUAAUAGAUAUUGGGGCAUUAAAAAAACCAAUUAAUGUAGCAAUUUUUGGAAGUACUGGUAGUAUAGGUACAAAUGCUUUAAAUAUAAUAAGGGAGUGUAAUAAAAUUGAAAAUAUUUUUAAUGUUAAAGCAUUGUAUGUAAAUAAGAGUGUGAAUGAAUUAUAUGAACAAGCUAGAGAAUUUUUACCAGAAUAUUUGUGUAUACAUGAUAAAAGUAAAUAUGAAGAAUUGAAAGAAUUGUUAAAAAGUAUAAAAGAUUAUAAACCUAAAAUAUUAUGUGGUGAUGAGGGGAUGAAAGAAAUAUGUAGUAGUAAUAGUAUAGAUAAAAUAGUUAUUGGUAUUGAUUCUUUUCAAGGAUUAUAUUCUACUAUGUAUGCAAUUAUGAAUAAUAAAAUAGUUGCAUUAGCUAAUAAAGAAUCCAUUGUAUCUGCUGGUUUCUUUUUAAAGAAAUUAUUAAAUAUUCAUAAAAAUGCAAAAGUAAUACCUGUUGAUUCAGAACAUAGUGCUAUAUUUCAGUGUUUAGAUAAUAAUAAGGUAUUAAAAACAAAAUGUUUACAAGACAAUUUUUCUAAAAUUAAUAAUAUAAAUAAAAUAUUUUUAUGUUCAUCUGGAGGUCCAUUUCAAAAUUUAACUAUAGACCAAUUAAAAAAUGUAACAUCAGAAAAUGCAUUAAAGCAUCCUAAAUGGAAAAUGGGUAAAAAAAUAACUAUAGAUUCUGCAACUAUGAUGAAUAAAGGUUUAGAAGUUAUAGAAACUCAUUUCUUAUUUGAUAUAGAUUAUAAAGAUAUAGAAGUUAUAGUACAUAAAGAAUGCAUCAUACAUUCUUGUGUUGAAUUUAUAGACAAAUCAGUAAUAAGUCAAAUGUAUUAUCCAGAUAUGCAAAUACCAAUAUUAUAUUCUUUAACAUGGCCUGAUAGAAUAAAAACAAAUUUAAAACCUUUAGAUUUAGCUCAGGUUUCAACUCUUACAUUUCAUAAACCUUCAUUAGAACAUUUCCCGUGUAUUAAAUUAGCUUAUCAAGCAGGUAUAAAGGGAAACUUUUAUCCAACUGUACUAAAUGCAUCAAAUGAAAUAGCUAACAACUUAUUUUUGAAUAAUAAAAUUAAAUAUUUUGAUAUUUCCUCUAUAAUAUCUCAAGUUUUAGAAUCUUUCAAUUCUCAAAAGGUUUCGGAAAAUAGUGAAGAUUUAAUGAACCAAAUUCUACAAAUACAUUCUUGGGCCAAAGAAAAAGCUACGGAUAUAUACAACAAACAUAAUUAUUCAUAG